CCACUUUGUGGGACGCGAUAGGGGACAUGAACAUGCCCACUCCUUUCUUAUUGCGACUACAAACAGAUCAAGUGCUGAAGUGGGAUGAAAUAGCUACCGGCAGCAUGACGGGGCUCAUAAUUCUGGGUGUCGCGCUGGGAGUGUUCUCUACCGCCGUAGAACCUGGUACACCUUUGGAAGAUACCAUCCCCGUAUUUACGCUGGGCUUGUUGAUGUAUAUGUUUCUGACCAAGCGGCAUGUAUACUAUCAUCAUGCCAGGAAAUGGAUCCAUGGAAUUUUGUAUAAGUGCAUCUUUCCCGGUGCACGAAUAAGCUUUGCCGAAGUAUUUAUUGCCGAUGGACUGACGUCACUCUCUAAGGUCUUUGCGGACUUUGAACAGAUCUUCUGCUUUGUGGGCUAUCAUGUGCAUCAGUGGGAUGUUUACGAUGCCUCGCCAGGGUGCAUGUCAUCGCUUUUUCUCCCCAUUGUGGUAUCAAUCCCGUACACAAUCAGACUUCGCCAGUGUUUGAUCGAAUACAGAGCGGCUGGCGUUCAGAAAGAUUUGGUCAAUGCCUUCAAAUACGCUAGCGCUUACCCCCCAAUCUGGUUGGGCCAUGCCCUCAAGAUGGCACCAACGGGUCAGUCACCGACAUUGUAUUCCGCGUGGAUUCUGGCGAGUGUUGUCAAUACUAUGUAUACCUACUACUGGGAUCUGGUAUGGGAUUGGGGUCUAUUUGAUCGCACAUCCCCUAACUACCCACUCCGUGCCAGGAUGAUGCUGCCGCGGCCGCUGUACUAUAUGUGGAUUCUAAUCGACUUAAUACUCCGGUGUGUUUGGAGUGUGCAGCUCAGCAAUUUGCUGCGCCUCAAUUCGGCUGACAAAAUCAUCCUAUUCGAGCUUCUAGAGAUCAUCAGGCGAGCUUUGUGGAAUAUAGUCAGAGUGGAGUAUGAGUGUAUCAAGACGGAUCUUCACCACGACAAGAAUGGUGAUUUGCCACGGAGUAGUUAUGCGCCUAAUAUUCCCAGUCUAGGUGCCAAACGGGUGGGGUCGACUAACGGGUCCUUCAACUCCGUAGAAAUGACAGAGGUGCCGUUAUAAAGUGCCGUUAUAAAUAGACUAAGGGUGCGAAUGCGUCCAUAAAUCUCUACUUGGGCAGCAAACUGCGGGGUCUUCGACCAGUGGGUGCAUCGCACUUACCGAAAUGUCAGUGGUUGCAUUUGGGAGUGGUCUAUUGCCGGCUGUAGUCUGAUGACGGCCCUUCAGCUACUUCGAGUUGAAGGCUUUGUAUCAAAAUGAAUACGGGUCUACGCACACAGAUCACUGCCGGUAUGGAAUUUCUCGAUUGAUUUUGUAGGAGUUUCUGAAACGGAACCUAUAGCAAUCGACCACUGCGGGUUUACUUGAGCAUCGCGGCAAGGGUCAAAGCUUCUCCUGGUGCUUGUACGUACGCAUCGAUAGGUGAAGUGCAGUUUGCAACUGGUUUCCUUCCCUAUACUAGCUAACUGGCUAGGUUGAUAUCUACGAGAUCGUAUGUUAGCAGAGCUCAGAUGGAGCCUGUCCACUCAAUGUGGCAAGGUGUGAGGUAUCAAGCGUGCUCGCCUUGCCUUGGAAUUGAAGAGCAGUGACGUUCUGGAGAACGUGUCUCCACACCAACACUAAGUAUUGACGCCCAGCUGAAGUCACGCGUUUGGGCGCAUUGUAGACCCCGACUUCUCAAUACUCGCCUCAUACACUGUGAUGGUGUACUGAAGCCCUUCAUUUUGGGGCUCACAUCGCACUCUUGUGUUGGCAGAAUUAGAGUGCGACGCUACCGUUCAGGAGUGCCUGGUGUGCAAUUUGAGACAAGCGAGACAUCAAUGUAUUCACAUCGCAACCCGUCAGCGUGGCAAAUAUCUGAGCUUUCAUGCAGCCCACCCAAUUUAGGAGCGCGAUAGUGUAUUCGAAUUCACCCCAUGGUUGGAUGUGCUCGAUUGCGUGAGCGUAGCCUACCUCACAGCUACCCCAUAUUUGGAGUAGCACUGAUAAAGGACAGGGCGUGGUCUUUGUCUAAGUCACAUGCCAGCCGCUGACCCUAUAUGCUGGGUACGCACGACCAAGCGACUGAAUGACACCAGUGAAUGAUUGUCUGUCAUCUAGCACAUGACAAUCCCCCUGUACAUUGGUGCGUACAGGUGGACGCAAUCCAUGUCAGCACACACAACGAAAGUCAUAAUUGUGGAGAAUUAGAUAAUAAGCAAAAGCACCACUGUGAUAAGGUAAAAAGGGUAGCAAAUGUACUAAACCCAAAUAAGUAUUAAACUUGGACAGUGCCGCCUGGCGGACAGAAUCGCAUCCUACCAGAGUGUCUGCCUUGACAAAAGGCUGACAUGGUAUCAGCCCAGUUAUGUCAAAAUAGGAGUGCACCAGCCUAUAGCAACCCGGUGUUCAAAGCUGCUGCCUGUGUGUGUUUGUGCAGUGUUAAUCUAAGUCCGAUCAGUGUUGUCAAUAACUGACUAUCGGUAAAGGGAAAAACCCCAUAGUUAUCGGACAUACAUGCACUUCAGAAUGAAAGCCACUUGGGCUAUUCAUCUUAAAGUAAACUUUCGUGUGGGUGACUGACUGGAGCUCUAUUACAACAACACACAAAUCUUAGAAUAAAAUAAAAUACAAACUGGA